AUGAAAAGAUUCUAUGUAUCGUAUGUGGAAGUAUUAAAGCAAGGGGAGACAGUAUCGAGUUGCUUUGAGGAUACCUCUUCAAAGGGGGACUCAUACGGGUCCAUCAGUAAUCACGAUUGCAACGUCAAUACGCCCGAUGUAUUUCAUCGAUUGAUUAAAGAUAUUGUGGUACCUAAAGUGGUCCCAUUGCAGGGAAAUAAAGUGACUAAAGUGUCUAUGAAUCUGAUAGAUGGGUAUGAUUGUUAUUAUACGACAUCUGAAGAAGCUGGUGAGGAGGAACUACUUGUCUGCUUUACGGAUGUGACCAUCCCUAAGAUUUUACCCAUAAGGUUAUUGAGCGAGUUGAAGAAGGACGGUGGUAAUGGGACAGAUACAGCUUUGAGUGGACAUGUGGGGCAAAUACUGGAUGAAUUCCAUAAUGAAUUGACUGCUUUACAAAAUGAGAAUUCAGAGGGAGCCUCCACGGAGAAUGAUCUUCAAGAUGUGGUGAAUAUUAUGAAUAAUAACAUAGAUAAGUUUCUGGAAAGACAAGAGAGGAUUUCACUUCUUGUGGAUAAGACGUCACAAUUGAAUGAUAAUAGUCAUAAUUUUAAGAAGAAGGCCGUUAGAAUAAAAGAACGAAUGUGGUGGCAACGAAUGAAAAAUACUACAUUGAUGAUAUUUGCAGUUAUCUUGACGGUGAGUGCAUUAUUCAUCUUCUUUUAUGUCUUAUGA